CCUUUGCGGAGGCUGGAAGCACUGGUGCUGUUCCUGUUGCCUCUGCGACACCCGGGUGCAGAAGCGGCAUCUCAGGUUCAGGGGGUUAGGGUGAGAAUGGGGGCGGGUGGGCUUUGCCCUUGGACUCUGCUGAGCCCCGCAGCCUGGACAGAAGCGACGGGGCGUGUGUUACAGCCGGUUCUGGAGCGGAGGUUCUGCACAGUAGGCGGGGCCGGGGGGGCGGUGGCAAGACCCGGGCGGGGGUGGGGGGCCAGCGGGGCCGUCACCGGUCCCUCCUCCUUCCGGGCCGGGAUUGAGCGCGGGUGAGAAGGGCCAGAAGGGGGCGCCAGAGGACCGGCAAUGAGGCGGGGUGGGCUGCUGAGCGCGGGACCCGCCCCAGCGCGAGACCCCCUGCACCCCAGACUCAGAAGCGAGGCGGAGCGGCGAGCGCCGGUCGGCGGCCAGGUGAGGUCACCGCCGGGUCCAGCUCGAGCCAAGCCGCAGGCAACCGCCGCAGCCACGGCCUCGCAUUUACCCGCGGGCUGAAUGAGUUUCCGUGCGCGGAUGGGAUGGAGGAAUGCGGUCACCAGUCUUCGUUAAUGAACUGUUUAAUCGUCGUUAAUUCACGGGUCUGUGUUUCGGCAUUUUUUCUUUUUCCAUUUCUUCUCUCUUCCCUUCGCUCGUUCUUUCUUUUUUCCUUUUCCCUAUUUUCUGUCCUUUCUCCUCCUCCCCCCACUUCCUUCCAUCUCAAAACUUGGAGCAGCCCCGCGGGAGCCGCGCACGGGCCUCCUCCCAGCGCCCCAUGACCGCCUCCUGCUGGAGGAACGGCGCGAGCUGGGCCUCAGGAACGCGGGGUGAUUGGGAGCGGAGGUCAGAGGGCAAAGCCCGGGUUCCAGGAGUUGCCCGCAGAACUAAGCAACCUGUUGCUAGGUAACCACAUCUCCCAUCACCACCCCACGCCUGGUCCUGAGCUGCCCACCCUGGGCCUCUAGUUGGCUUCUGCCGUGUCUCUCAAACACCUCCCCUCUGUGCGACUCUGAAAGCACAAGCAGAGGAGAGCCAGAGCCCAGGCACCACCCCGAUCCCCACCACCCCGACCCACCCCACUUCCGGUGGCUCCCUCACUGUGGAGACUCGCCGCCUGGGCGGUUAAGUCACCGCCACUAUGAGUCUGGGCAUCAUGGAAGAGGAAGACCUGGUGGAGUACUUCCGGCUGCAAUAUGGGGAGCGGCUGCUGCAGCUGCUACAGAAAUUCCCCACUUUUGAUGAGCAAUCAGAAUCCCCAUCCAUCCGGCUCCUGGAGAAGAAGAAGGAGGCCAUCGUCAUGCAUGAGGCUAUGGAAGAAAAGAAGGAGACAUUCAAGCGCAGAAUGGAAACCCUGAAGCUGCGCUGGGAGGAGCUGGGCAUCAAGGAAGAGCAGCUGAAGGCCCACAUCCAGAAAUUUGAGCAGUUCAUCCAGGAGAACGACCAGAAGCGGAUCCGUGCCCUGAAGAAAGCCAAUAAGGAGCGGGAGCUCAAGCGGAGUCACCUGCGGGAGCUGGCCAAGGCCAAGCAGGACAUGGCGGCCCUCCGGCUGGAGCACCAGCGGCUGAACAGCAAGCUGCAGGACUACUCCAUCUUCAACAAGUACCUGGAGAAAGUGGUGGAGAACUCCGAGUUUGAGGAGAUCCAUGAGGUGAUUGGACGCUACAAGACACUGGUGAGCAUGCACCACGACCUCAUGCAGUCGGCACAGGAGGGCCAGGAGAAGAUCGAGCGCGCCAAGGCACGGCUGGCGCGGUACAUGGAGGAGAAGGACGAUGAGAUCCUACAGCACAACAACGAGCUGGCGAGGCUGCAGAUGCGCUUCGACCGCGCCCGCAGCGACGUCAUUGUCUGGGAGUCUCGCUGGGCGCACAUCCAGAACACUGCCGCUAAGAAGACCCUCCUGCUGGGCACCAUUAAGAUGGCAACGCUGAACCUCUUCCAGAUUGUAAGCAAGCAGCUGAAGGAGGCCUCCCAGGUGUCGGUGGAGGACACUCACAAACAGCUGGACAUGAUCCAGCAGUUUAUCCAAGACCUAUCAGACAUCUGGGCAGAAGUAAAAAAGAAGGAACAACCACAAGUCCGGGUAUAAGGAUGCAGCAUGCUUCCAGAAUGUUCUGAACAGACAUUGCAAGAGAGAAAGUUCCUGGUGACCUUGCAGUCCAGCCAGCCCAGGCAAGCGGCAGAGAACCUUGUCUGGCUUUCUAUUGGCAAACAUCUUGCCAUGUUCCCCUCAGGCCUCAGUCUAUCCCAGCCUCGAGGACAUUAAAUGGUUUGAGAAGUUUGUUCUGAAA